UUCUAAAAAUGGCGGAAAAUGAUGGAAAUAAUGUUGCAAUUGUUGAGUCCCCCGCGAAGUCAGAAUCUCCUUUAUCUUCAAGGGAGGAAUUUGGAAGAAUACAGAAAGAAUUAGCCAAAGAAUUAAAAGCAAAGGAUGGGCUUGAGAGAUUCCUUUCACUUGCUUCUGGCAAUUUACUCAACCCUCGGGCUUACACUCCCGAUUUAAUGGAAUAUUCAAGAGAACUUUAUGAGGAAAGUAAAGCAAAGACAACUUUUUUAAGGAUGCAAUUGGAAAGGUAUUUUUGGUUAUUAUUUUGGUUUCUGGGGCAUUUAUUCAAAAUGUGGUUACAUUGUUUUUUUCAGAUUCGGGGGAAUUUUUCGAUUUGAUGUUUACUCGAAUUUUUAGAUUAAAAUUACAAGAACGAUCAAACAUUGCUGGGAAUGGCCGUGAAAGUGAUGGAGACAGUACUGAAAACAAAA